AUGGCUCAGACUAAGUGGAAGAGCUGGUGGAUAGUGGCGCUGCUGUGUUUCUUGCUGGUGUGGAUUGCUGAGGGGAACGUGGGUUUAUCUCCAGAUGAAGGAGUAGUGACACCGUCCUGCUAUGGAGGGUUCGACCUCUACUUCGUCCUGGAUAAGUCUGGAAGUGUGCAGCAUCACUGGACUGAGAUCUAUAAUUUUGUUGCGCAUCUGGCUCAUAAGUUCAUUAGCCCACAGCUUCGAAUGUCCUUCAUCGUAUUUUCCACCGAGGGUCGGAUUCUCAUGCGGCUAACGGAGGACAGAGACAAAAUUCGCAAAGGUCUGGAGGAGCUCCAGAGAGUUCUGCCAGGAGGAGAUACUUUCAUGCAUGAGGGUAUUCAAAGGGCGAGUGAACAGAUUUACUAUGGGAACACAGAGGGAUACCGGACGGCGAGUGUCAUCAUCGCGCUCACAGAUGGAGAAUUGCAUGAGGAUCUUUUCUACUAUGCUGAAAGAGAGGCCAAUCGUUCCCGCAGCCUGGGUGCUUCAGUCUAUUGUGUAGGGGUGAAGGACUUCAAUGAGACACAGCUCGCCAAGAUUGCAGACAGCAAAGAUCAUGUUUUCCCAGUGAAUGGUGGGUUUGAGGCUUUGCAGAGUGUGAUCGAUUCGAUCCUGAGAAGAUCCUGCAUUGAGAUACUUGCAGCUGAACCUUCCAGUAUCUGUGCAGGAGAGUCAUUUCAGGUUGUCGUGAGGGGAAAUGGUUUCCUUCAUGCCAGGAAUGUGGAUAAAGUCUUGUGCAGCUUCAGAAUAAAUGACACCCUCACAAGGAUGGUAAAGCCAUUGGUAGUGGAGGACACGUACCUGCUGUGUCCUGCACCGGUACUUAAAGAAGAGGGAACGGCGGCUUCCCUUUACGUGAGCAUGAACGAAGGCCUCAGUUUCAUUUCCAGCUCUGUGACCAUCACCACUGUGAGCUGUUCUGAUGGUACAAUCCUGGCUAUAGCUCUGCUGAUUCUGAUGCUCCUGUUGGUGUUGGCUCUUCUCUGGUGGUUCUGGCCUCUUUGCUGCACCGUGAUCAUCCAUGAACCACCUCCACCCCCAAAAGAGGACAGUUCGGAUGAAGAGGAUGACGGAGCACCAAAGAAGAAGUGGCCAACAGUGGAUGCUUCCUACUAUGGAGGGCGUGGAGUUGGGGGGAUUAAAAGGAUGGAGGUACGCUGGGGUGAGAAGGGAUCGACUGAAGAGGGCGCUAAGCUGGAAAAGGCAAAGAACGCCAGGGUGAAGAUGCCAGAGCAAGAGUUUGAAGCUCCACAGACCCGGGUUCUGAAUAAUGGCAUGCACAAACAUCCAAGCCCACGCAAGUGGUAUUCUCCAAUUAAGGGAAAACUUGAUGCUUUGUGGGUACUGCUGAAGAAAGGCUAUGACAGAGUGUCCAUCAUGAGACCACAACCAGGAGACAAGGGACGCUGUAUUAAUAUCACCCGUCUCAAGUCGAGCUCGUCUCCACAUUAUCCGGUGUACAACCGCCACACUCCCAUCUACACCCCCCAGCACAGCUGCACCACUCCUCCUCCUCCUCCUCCUCCUCCACAGAGUGAGCUGCCUCCUCCACCCUGCAGUCCACCGUCGUCUCUUCCUCCAGUGUCCAUCACUCCACCCAUCACGCCUCCUCCAUCAUACACCCCUCCAUCAGCCUGGUCCUCGUCGUCGACGGCUGUUUUCUUUGAUUCUCCUCCGGCCUCACCUACAAGCCCGCUGCCUCCUCCCCCGCUAGCCCCGCCACCAUGCCGAGUCCCUCCUCCUGACCGCCCUCCACCACGCCCUUCCCUCUAGGGCUAUGUUUGUGAGCGAGGAAGCAGAUUCAGGAAGUCAGUAAUAGACUCGAAUCAUUCUCCUUCACCUUCUGUGUGGCCUUUGACAAUAAAAACUUAACGACUGGCCCACCGGAGGGAACAAAUGCAAGGGGACAGACUAUGUCUUCAAUUUCAGCUAAGAAACUACAGGAACCACAACACAGACUAAAGCAAUAUUACAGACCACACUGAACACCACGCACAAGUCGUCAAAGCAAGCUUUCACAACGGGCCUCUGUUACUCACCCCCACGUGUCCAAAUGACAGAAUGGACAUUCAUCUGAAGCCACUCGCAAUUUUAAGCAGAAUGGAGCAGUGAAUGAUCCGUUAACAGAAUCUAUUUAAUGGGAAACGUUGCAAUAUCUGGACGGUUUGUUUAUUCACACAUAUUGUGUCUACUACACAAGGAAGCAGGUGGUGAAGGUAAAAAACUCUCAGGCCCUGAUUUUACUAAGAUCCUUUAAAACAUGUAAUAAUUGGUGUAAUCUGAUAAGUGCAUUGUGGGUAAUUUACAAAUAUGUUAUGAGGUAAGAACAUAGACACGAGCGUGUGUUCGGUUAAUAAAGAAUUUGUAAGCAAAAAAAGUUAUAUGGUAUGUAAAAAACAUCAUGUGACUUUAAGCUUACCGUAGUAACAGUAGAUCAUCAAAUGUUUUUACGAUUAAAAUGGGAAAUCUUUUAUUUUGUCUUCAAAUUGGGGAAACAGCUGCGACAAAUUAAAUACCUGCUCUUUAGUGGUAUUCAGUCACAUAUGUGGUUUUGUUAGUGUGUGUAGGAAGGGAGGGAGGAAGGAAAGAAGGAAGGAAGGAAGGAAGGAAGGAAGAAAACAUAAAAUCUAGCUAAGAAAAAAAGAAAGAAAUUUGGCUGUGCCAAAUUUUAAUACUCACUCUUUGGUGGUGUUUAUUUACACAUGUGGUGCUUGUUAUUUUGCUUAUUUGAAAUAUGCAAAGAACAAACAAAGGAACGAAAGAAAGAAAGAAAGAAAGAAAGAAAGAAAGAAAGAAAGAAAGAAAGAAAGAAAGAAACAAACAAACAAACAAACAAACAAACAAACAAACAAAAACAAAAUAUAAUCAAGCUAAGAAAGAAAAUAUAACCUGUGACAAAUUCAACACCUGCUCAUUGGUGGUAUUAAUUUACAAGCACUUUUUUUGUUUUGGUUUUAGUUUGUUUUAUUUUGUAUUCUUUUUAGUUUUGUUUGUUUAUGAUUUGUUUUUUUGUUUUUCAUUUUGGUUUGGUUUCUGUGUUUGGUUUUUUGUUGUUUUGUGUUGGCUUUUUAUUUGUUUGUUUUUUGUUGUUGUUUUUUUAAAUGUAAAAGUACUUAUUAUUUUGCUUUUUAUUUUUAUUUAUUUAUUUUAUUUUUAAAAAAUAUCCUCCUCACACCCUGCCAGCUUAGGAUUUUUAAUUUUUUUUUUUUUGGAGGUUUUGCACAUUUUUACACACAAACCUGGACUGGUAACCAGUCGCUCAGGCAUUCAGUAUUAAUAUCCACACCUGAUAAUGUACUUUAUUCUAUUCUAGCUUUAGUUUGAUUGUUGUCCCCCCCCCACACACACACACAGAUUCUAUGUUUGGUAUUCGCUUGUGCAAUAGUGUGUUUUUAGUCCAAGAAUUUGUGGAAUAUUACGUAGUGGAGUUUAUUUCUUGGCCUAGCCAGUGCACCCUUGUUAAGACAUACUAGUGCACAUCCACCUUAUCACAUACGUUUAUACAUGUGUUGUGUAGAAAUAUAUUUAUCCCUUGCCGUAUUUUUUUCCUUUGUGUAUUGACGUUUUAUUGAAUAUUUGUUUCCUAAACUGUGAUCUUUGUAUCAUGUAUAAGAGCAGUCCUCAUGACAGUCUUUUUUGGUAGAAUACAGUAAGCUUUCGAACUGGACUUAAUGUUCAUUUUCCGUCAGAAAUCUAAACUCCAGAUGAAAUGAUGGAGCCCCUCGUUUGUUUCCGACGAGACUCCGUCCAACCGUGUGUCUGAAUGAUGGGUUUAUUUUUGCUCUGUACCUGUUGUGUGUAUACUUUGUCUCACUGUGUUAUGAUCUGUGGGUUUGCCUUUUAACAUUUUGGGUCCUGCUUUCAUCACAUUUGGCUCCUAAAUUAUUACAAAACUCUAAUAUAGUUACACAAAUCACUGUCUGAUACACAAAUCUCGUUUUUUUCCAUUUUUGGUUGUGUAUCAGUGAGAAAUAAGCGCUUGCUUUGUUCUCUGUGUGUGUUCGGCGAGCGUUGUGGCUGAAUUUAAGGAGGACGGGAACGGGGAAACCUCAUAACGAAAGGACAGAUCGUUUUCUGAAGCAGACGUGAAGUAAGACUUUUAAUUAUGCAGGGACACAAAUACUGAAAAUGUAUGAGCUGGCAGAUUUGUCUAGGUGUGUAUAUACUGUAUCUGCAUUAGCACUUGUGCUUCUGUGUGUCUCUCUUUUUAUAAAUGCAUUUGUUAAA